CGCUGAGUUUCUCCAGCUUUUGUUGUCUACGGGCGAUUUGAUUGGAUGGCCGGGCGGCCGUCUCGCUUUGGUUAACGAUCGCUGAUUGGCCGCCCGUCCCCGCCCGGACAGCGGAGUACGACGGGCGCGGAUUGGUUGGCCGUUGCUAAGUGUGGGGUCCAAUGGCGGGGCGGCUUGUUGCUGCUGCUGCAAGAUGGCGGAUCGGCUGACCCAGCUGCAGGAUGCGGUCAACUCGCUCGCAGACCAGUUCUGCAAUGCUAUUGGUGUCUUGCAGCAGUGUGCUCCUCCAGCAUCCUUUACAAACAUUCAGACUGCCAUAAACAAAGACCAGCCGUCUAACCCGACAGAAGAAUAUGCACAGCUCUUUGCUGCACUGAUCGCAAGGACUGCUAAAGACAUUGAUGUGUUAGUCGACUCGCUACCGAGUGAAGAAUCAACAGCGGCUCUGCAGGCUGCAAGCCUGCGUCAGCUGGAGGAGGAGAACCACGAGGCAGCAGCCCGCCUGGAGGAAGUCGUGUACCGGGGAGAUGUGCUCCUGGAGAAGAUUCAGUGUGCGUUAGCAGACAUUGCCCAGUCACAGCUCGGCACAAGAAGCAGUGAUUAUAGCCACCAUGCCUCUGAAUCUUAGCACUGGCAACUGUUUCUGCUGCUUAGACCGGCAUGCAAAGAAACCACAGACUUUUGCUUCGUUGCAGAUGGACGACUGAAAAGAUUUUGGUAAAAUAUUUAACCAUCAAUUUGAUUGUGGCUGAGCCGUAAAGAAAAUUUCCUGUCUAUGCCAGCAGGUAGUAGAGCUGCUGUCUCACAGAGCCAGAGACUCGAAUUUGAUCCUGACCUCGAGUGCUGUGUGUGUGGAGUUUGUUUGUUCUCUCUGGAUUUCUUCUGGGCACUCUGGUUUCCUCCCACAUCCCAUAGAGAUGCAGGUUUGUAGGUUGCCUGUAGAUUGCCCCAAGUGUGUAGGGAGUGUUGCAAAAGUGGCUAGGCAUAGAACUAGUGUGAACGGGUGAUCGAUGAUUAGCAUGGAUUCGGUGGUCCUGUUUCCAUGCUGUAUUUUUCAAUCAAUCUGUCAAAGUGAAUACAGAAUUUCUUCCCUCUCCCCUUCACACACUCUGUACAAUAUCACAAUAUCCACUGUUCAACUAAGCAGGCUGUAUUCUCUGUAUGAUGUUGACCAGUUUAAUUCAAAAACCUGUCCUGCCAGAUGUUGUAUCCAUUUCAACAUCAGGAAUGCUGUCUGGUGAGAAAUGUUUUAUCACUGGGUUCUGAAACCAUGUAAGUGCAGGGGUAAAACCACAAUUACUGAUGCUCUUGGAUUGGAGCACAGCCAAGGGGGUGAAAAGUGACCCAGUCACUAUAUCACCCUCCUGCACACCACCUGCAUGUUUGAGGCAGAGAUCCUUGUCUCAUGGCAAGGGUGGGUAUAAUUAUCACGCACACUACAAUAUGGUGAGCUUGGUCUGUUGGGCAAUGCAACAACAGCAAUGCGUGGCUGAGGCAGUAACCAUGCCUGCUACCAAUGAAAAUUUAUCUGUAAAGACUUGGUGACCAGCUCUUGUGGUGCACAAAGCCUCAUAACCACCUAUUCUCCCCUCCCCCAAACCAGCAGAAGGCAGAUUGUACUCUCUCUUCCCUAUGUAUUGUAUUUAAAGUUGUGACUGAACUUUGAAGGACUUGCUGGGGCUGCAGUGAGUCACAGGGAUGUCUGCUGUCAGGAAGCAGUCAUCUGCCUUGAAUCCUACUCCCUCUGCAUCAUCACGCUGCUAACAUGUGAAUAGUUCCUGUUGGGCUACAAUGCACAGUUGAAGUGUAUUCUGUAUUCCAUGAUUGGUGUCCAAUUACCUGUGACAUUGACAAUUCCUCAAGGGAAAAUAAAAUCACAAAAAUGUAAAGAAAUUGUACACAA